GUCAUAUUAUUGUCAUUUAGAUGACUUCAAAAUGGAUCCAAUUACGGGAGAGAAUUUAAGGACUGAAAAAACAUUCCAUAAAUUAAUAAGAAAACAGCAAAAAGAAUUAGAGACAAUGAGAAGAAAACAUCAUAAGGAAAAAAAUGCAGUGCAAAAGCAGCAAUGUGCAGCCAUUGAUAAAAUUGUUAAAGGAAAUAAAAAUGAUGAUUUAGCAAAUGAUCCAGAGAUAAGAGAAUUAGUGGUGCAACAAAUGCGACAAUGGUCAGAACUUCUUGAAAAACAGAGGAAAGAAGAAUGGGAAUUAUUAAAAGAUCAUCUCUGGCAGCAGGGUGAAGUUCUUAAAAAACUUAUGGAACAAGCCCAAGCUGGACAAAUGAAACAACUAGAAGCAAAAUUUGAAAGAGAAAACAAAGAAAUGAAAGCCCGACAGGCAAAGAUUUCUGUUGAGACAGCUCGAGAAGUUUCAGGUGACAAGACACUAAGAAACAAAGCAGAAAGGGAAAGGCGCCUGAGAGAGAAAAAUAGUAACAAUACAAAAAAAUUCAUCGAGGAGAGGAAAACAGCAGCUUUGAAGCAGGGAAAAGAGAGAGAAAAACUGAAGAAAGUCCAUGAGAAGCAGUUACAAGAUUUAUCAAAAGAAACAGGAAAUGCCGUUGAGACAUACAAAAAUGCCGAAGCCGAAUACAAAUUAGCAGCAAAGUUGGAAUGCUUCAUAUGAAAAGCCAGCUUGUACAAAAAUCUUUUUUGAGCAAAGCCCAUACAAAGCACACCAUCACUCUACCUCUAGUUAUUCCAAUAGCCUCAAUUUUAUUUAUAAGAAAAGUUUUUAAAUGAGAAUUUUAGAAAACAAAAUUUCACAUAGAAAACAUUUGUUCUUUACAUUUUUAAAAUGUAGCACACUUUUGAUUUCAUAAGAGUUUGGUAGCAUUAAAAAUUUGGAAUAGCCUGCCAUUUAUAGGGUGGUAAACAUCGAUCUCAUUUCAGUCGAUACAGAUACCUUCCAGGAUACGAGUGCAAAAAGUACAUAUCCCUUUUUCCCAUACUCCGAUGUGUGCUUUUGGCACAUGUGGCAUCUUGCACUAAUCUCUUGUAUAAUAUUGUAUUUAUAGUGUGCUGCUUCCCAAUAUAAAUUAAUCAAUGUGAUUGUUAUUUUGGUGAAUAAGUUGUGUAAGCACUUUUCCAUCAAAUUGUAGACACAAAAUUUAUAAAACUGCAGUUUUCUAGAUAUUGGAAGAUACCAUAGUUUUUCACUGUUUGAAAACUUUUGCAAAAAACAAAAAAGAUGAGAAAAAAUAUCGAAUUUCAUUUGAUUGCCAUUUUUAAAUACCUUUUAAUUGCCAUGUAACCGCGCACUGCAUCUUCCAUGAGCGCAGUUCUCUUAAAACACCGCAUGGUUUAAAUCACUAGAAUCUCUAAAAACUACAGAGGACCACUAAAUUUUCUAAAAAUUGAUAAAGUGCAGGUCAUUUAUAGUCGGAAUAUUCUUAAAAUGUGCAUUUAUAUAUUGCGGCUUUUUUAGAUUGAUGAAUGCACCGCUCUACAGAAUUCUUGUAAAUAAAUUGUAAAUGGCUAUGCUCACUAAACAGCGCCACAGAGUACACAACAUGUACGGAAGCAGAAUAUUUUUAUUUUCUUUUCGAUCACCCAGUUUGAUUCUACCAGUCCAUAAUCUCGACAUCCUGUCACAGGUACCAUAUCGAACAAUUAUUUUAAUCUCGAGUACUAUCCAUUUGGUGCUAAUUCCUUAAUUAUUCAAAGUAUUUAUCCAUAUCAUUUUAGACAACAUGACAUGUCACACACAUCUGAAGUUUAAUUAUCACACAGCACAACCUGUCCAUUUUCUAGUCUACCAUCACAGUGUAUUGGAUUUAUUUAUUAUUUAGUUUAUAGAUUCACAAAAAGGAGAAAUGCAGAGGAGUGAAGUGACAGACACUGCACAUUCUGAAUUUUGUGUAUAUUAUUAUUAUUAUUAUAUAUAUACUUACAUACAGUAUAUAAUUUAAUGCAUAAAACUGUAUAAAAUUAAGUGCCAAAUUCCAUGUUGUAUGUGCUAGUGUUUCUCAGCCAGUUACUUUGUUGUUUUGUGGAAAUAAAGUGAUUGUUAAGUA